UUUUAAGUCACUUAAAAGUAACUUAAAAAUAGUCGUAUUCCGCGCCAAUUCAAUAUUUUGAGAUUCUUAAGUGAACUAAAUAAACAUACAGCAGGUCCAAUGAUGCCGUCUUAUUAACAGCCUAAUAGGUUCUAAUUCUAACUGAUCUAACUUGUGUUUUAAUUUUAAAAUGUUGGCCUCAAAAUGUUUAUUGAACAGAUCUUUCAGUUAUUUUAAUCAAAGAUGUUUAUGGAAGAAAUCAAGUUGUUGUAAUAAAAUUUUUGUUUGUCCAAACCGAUGUAUGACGGUACGCUCUGCAACUACUUUGUCAAUCAGCAAGUUAUGUUUAUCUAAUGCAAAAAAAAGUUGUAAUUUUAAUGUUUUUAAGCAAUGUUCUUCAAAUUUAUGCUCGUCUUCUACCUCUUCUGAUUUAUAUGAAAUUGAUGUUGAUUUGUUAAACGAAGGUUUAAAAAAUAAUAACAUAUAUAUAGUUGAUGUUAGAGAACGACAAGAAAUUAAAGACUCUGGUGAAUUGCCUAAUGCUAUUAACAUACCAUACGAGUUGGAAGCAGCCCUUCAAUUAAAUGAAAAUCAUUUUAAAGUAAGGUAUGGCACUAGUCCACCGAAUGAUGAUGGAAAUAAUUUGGUUUUCAGUUGUCGUUCAGGACGGAGAAGUUACCAUGCACUGAUGAUUGCUCACAGCAUGGGUUAUUUAAAAGCAAAACAUUUAAAAGGUGGAUUCUUAGCAUGGUCGUCUCCUGAUACCUGAUCAUCACCUGAUCAUGAUGAUGAUUAAAUUAUAUUUAUUUCAGUAUAUGUAAUUACUUUUUAAAGAUAUUCUUUAUUUUUUAACUAUAUUUUUGGCAUAUAUACAU